ACAUUUGCUCUUGUUGAAUUGUAUAUUCUUUAUUGCCUCCCCGUUCCAUGAUGAUCCAGAUAAGAAGGAUGGGAAAAUAUAUUUUGACAGAGCCGAAGCUUUACUAUAUGAAUAUUGUACACAGCCACAUGCUCUUACCGUAAUGGCCAUUAUUCUUUUAGGGCAGCAUAAUAAACAGAUGGGUUCUCGUUGGAUAUACAAUGGAAUUGCAACUAAGAUGUUAUUUGAGCUUGGGUUGCAUAGGAAGUUUAUAAAAGUCAAAAUGGAUAAAGAAGUAGAAAAGAUGAGAAAUGAAGCAUUUUGGAUGACUUUUAUUUCUGAAAAUCUCGUCUCUGCUACUUAUGGUCGUCCUAACAUGAUUGAUGAAACGGAUUGUGACAUAGAUGUUCCUUCAAUGCCAUCUAAUCAAAAUCCAACAAACGAAAAGACUAAACUUGAAAUAGCCUAUAUUUAUCUAAUAAAUCUUAGUAGGAUUUGUGCUAGGGUAAGGAAAUAUAUACAUGCUGCAUCAAGAUUAAGAUUUUUGGUGCAAGAGGAUGAAAAUAAAUUUAGAGUUUUGGAUGCUGCACUUGCAAGUUGGUUUAAUUCUCUGCCGGAUUGGUUGAGAUUUGAAAAAAUGGUAAAAGAUCCUGAUGGAAUUUUAUUAAAUGGUAUUGGAGGUGAUAUACAUAUCUUCUUCUAUACUAUACUAAUUUUACUUCACAGUAGAUACAUGAAACCUGAAGCACAGUAUAGUAUUAAUACUACAAAUUCAUCCAUAAUUUGUAUUCAGUCAGCUACCAUUAUCGUUCAUUGGCUUGAAAUCUUAUUAGAUAAGCAUACGGAUUUUUUUAAAUUUUCGGUUUCUGGCUCUUUAGCAAUUAAUCCAGCAAUGUGCGUCUUUUCCUGGCAUAUUAAUAACGAAAGCGAAAAUAACAAAAAAUCUCGAGACAUGCUACAACGUCUAGAAAUUAUGAAGCUGCAAGUCGAUGAAUUAUCUAAUGCAGGAAAGACUGAAUGUGGUGAACGAAGAUUGUUAGGCAUAGAAACGAGUAGAGUGGGUAAACAUGAAAUUAAUGCGAGAGAUUGGGAAGUAUUUAUUCCUGAUGAUGCUGAUGAUGAAAAAUCAAUUAGAAGACAAUAUAGUUGGAUAGCAAGGAAACAAAGUGGAGGAGGACAUUUUAUGCCUCGCAAACAAAAAUCAAAGUCACUAAGUUAUUCAUCAUCCAUGAAUUACACGAAAGGAACUAAAAUGCAUAAUUUUGGUUCAAGAUAUGAUUUCAUGGGACAGAAAAAUACGCAAGAGUUCAAUUUUACGUUUAAGACAGAUAAAACUUUUAACUUUUCGGCAUUUUCUUCUGGACAGAAUCUUGAUUUGCCACAAUUAACAGUAGACGGUAUCAUUGUUGAUGAACCUGAGGAAUUUGAACAUCAAAAUAAUCAACAAUUUGGUUCGCAAUAUCAUACUCCUUUACAACGAACACCUUCACAGCAAUCUCCACAAUUUGAGCCACAACAAUUUCAUACACCAUUGAGUCAAUCCCCACAACUACAAGAUUAUCAUCCUUCACAAUUACAUCAUUCAUCUCAAGAAUAUAAUUCUCCAUUAGGACAAUCACCACAUAUUUCACCGCAUAUUUCACCACAUAUUUCACCACAUAUAUCACAUGAAGUAAUGGAUGCAAAACCUCAACAUAUUGAUACAAGUUUAUCACCACAACAAUAUAUUGAUCAGCUUGAUGAUAAGAGCAAUGUAAAUAAUAAUGUACCUUGGACACCUCCAUUAUCUGCACGGCCUCAACGAUGGAAUCAUGAUGAAUUAUCUUCUAAUACAUUAAAUGUUACUUCAUUACCUGCGGAAAAUACAAUGUUAACCCCUCCGAUGCAGCCACAAGAUUUUCUCUCGGAUUCUUUAAAUGAAUUUGCGGGAGACGAACUUUGGAAUAUAUUACAGAAUGAAAAUAAUUUUGGAACUGCCUCAAAGUACGAUAAUAAUAGUGGACAUAAUAAUGAUGGUGAUGAAUAUGAUUCUGUAGGUUUAGGAAUUUCCGUUAUGGGAAAUAAUGAUAAUAUUCAAUAACGAAAUUAAAUUUAUCAAUUUUUAUUUAUCAAUUUUUAUUUAGACAUUUUUAUAACUUAAAACGGUUUAAUUUUUUUAUUUUUAUAAUGGGUUUAUGAUCAAUAUCAUCGGGCUGUAUUCGUGAUUUCGUGUACAACCUGUGAUAUGAUUACUACCGUGACAUGUAAAUUAAUUAUUUUUAUUUUAUUAUUUUUUUUAUUUAUCGAUAAUAGAUUUUGUAUAUAUAAUAUAAAAAAAAUUUAUUUCUUUUGACUAAAAUAUUUUAUGUUCGUAAUAUUAUUGUUAAUUUAUUAAUAAACUGUUAAAUUGUUAAUCAGAAUUAAAAAUAUUAGUAACUGAUUUAACGAUUUUCAUAAUAUCAAAUAAG